AUGUUCAAUCAAAACGGAAGAGCAAUUAGACCGGCUAUCUUGCUUAUUGCCUUGUAUUUGUUUAUUUCCAGUGGUAGAACUGCUUCUCCGUUGGUUGACUUAAAAUCACUCCGAUCAAAAAAGGACAUAGAUCUAGAUCCACCAACAUUAAAAGAGUUAGCUGAUCUUGGUUUUUGUUGGGCUAGCCAAACACUACAGGAUUAUCAUACUAGCCCAGUAAAUAUGAUCCGUUGUAAUAGCAAAGACAAGCCCGGCUGCUCUAGUCUAGAUAAGGGUAGUGUGGAUCUGUUUCUAAAAGAGGGCUUCUACGAGCAAUUAGGAUUUAAGCCCGAAGACUUAAAUCGAGUCAAAUACAUAGCCUCACUAAUGAAGAUUCUAUUUAAACCCAGUGCCGUGGAUGAGCUCAACAAGGUGUUCUUACUACGCUAUCUAUUUAAUGUGAAUCCUAGGCUCGAGUUUGCUCGCUACCUUGCACCCAAUACCCUACUUAAUCCUGAUGGUACAAGCAAGAUCACUGGUCCAUUCUUUAUAGAUAAUGUCCUAGACAUUAUCAUGCUAUAUUCUGUGCUAACUCAGCAUCCGAAUUGUGUUCCCAAGCCCCUAACUGAUAUUGAUCAUAGGCAUAGUGUCUUUCUUGAAAACUUCAUUGAGUGCACUCAUAUGUCUAUCAAUAACAGCUAUCUUAAUAAGUUUGAAUUAAUAUGCCUAGACGCAACAAAGUACUACGAGCUUAUUGAGUCGAAACCCAGUCCCCAAAAAGAUCCCCACUAUAUGCUUAACGGAGCUCUUGAUCUUGUUCCUAAACCUACUCUAAUUCAUACCUCCUCCGACCUUAAAGUUCUGCGCAGCAGUCCUCUGCUCAAAUACAUACACCCAAUCAAUGUAACUCUUUAUCUAGAAAACAUCAACUAUCUCUAUGAUGAGAAAGACAAAACAUUUGUGUUAAUCCAUGAUAAGACUAGUGACAGAGUAGGCAAUGUUAGAAGAACCAAACCUGUGCCCAGAUAUACCUUUGAAACCGCAGUUCGUUUACGGCAUGCUCAGCGACGCACAUACACUGUCCUGGCCAGUGAAGCAGAUUUUAAGACUCUUCUCAGCGCCAUAAUAGGACGGCGAUUAAUUGGACAUAUUGCUAGCGACUACAAACGAUUCAAACGGCAUGUGAAAGCAAGUCUGCACGCAUUUGAAGAGUAUGUCCAGUACAAAGCUUUCCAGAAACAGAAGCUGUUUGAAGGCAUAUCAAUAGUUUUUGGCUUCUUGAAAGUACCCCAACUAUUAGUUGCCAUCUCUUUUCUACUACUCUAUUACGUCAAGGCCGUUUUUAUCAAUCCAACUCAACCCAAAGUUUGGCAGUACUGCUUCUUUUACUGCGUCUUAGUAUCUGCAACCCUAGCCCUUUCUGGCUUUGUUGGAGUGCAAGUACUUGUUUAUCGCCAUCUUCAUAAUCUGACUUUAUUCAAAGCAACUGAGCUAGUCAUUCAAGUUUGUGCUUUAGCCUCCAUUAUUAGCUGUCUUCUUGGCCUAACUCUAUUUAACGAUGUCCUACCCAAACUUGCCCGCCAAAGCCACUGGCUACUCUAUGCCCUAUCAUUUCUACUAACAGCAGCCAUCCCAAUUAUCUCAAUUUAUCCCAGCACACCCACUACCAAGAUAUUACUCAAAUCACACAUACUAGCCAUCUCGGCCGUUCUCUUUUGCCUCGGCAGUUUUAUUGAUCUCUUCAAACCAUGGUUUGAUAAGGACCGAGAAAACCGUCUCAAAGUCCAGCCGUUAAUAAUAAGUCCAUACCUAUGUUUAGAAACAACCGCCCCCAGUCAAAACUACUUCUAUUACGACGACUACUACGAUAGUGAUUAUGGCACCUGGCAAGACUAUUCCUCUUCUGACUACCACUCCUCCCCCGACUAA